CCAUUCAACGCAACCAGUGGAUCCGGAUCCUAAAAAUAAAAAAAAAAGCAAAGGAGCAGUGGAUGCAAUCUAAACAAGUUGUGUUAUUGGAAAUCUUUGAUCAUUUCAAGGGGGUUUUCUCUUUAAAGGUAUAGUGCGUGAAGCUUUCCAUUCAAUUUUGGAAGUUACUACGCCAAUUGUUUUUAAUGAUAAAUAUGGUAAGAAAUUUACUUAAUUUAUAACUAUGAAAGAAAAAACGGUAUCCGCUUGCGUGUAUAGAUCAAGCUACCCCCACCCUGAACAUACAAUGGCGUUUAUAAUUAGAGUAGCAAGAUUACAUUGCCGUCCGCUCCCUCUGCGCCCAGCUUGCAGUUAGGUCUUUUCACAAUCAAAUGUUUUAAAAAAAAAAAAAAAAAAGUAGUAUUUAGGCGUGGGGAACGGCUAGACGGGGCACCGUCCCUCUCAAUUUCCCUCGCAAGUUGCAGCCAAAAGGAGCUUCAACUCAACAUACGAAGAGUACAGAGGAGAGAGGUAGACGAGAACAAAGACGAAUGAGUGGGAACAACAUAAACUCUGUGUUCUACGCAGACAGCUACCAUCCAAUCCAAACAGGAAGCAUCGACGGCACUGAUAUUGUCGCUCACGACAAUGGCGUUUAUAGAGCUCUUCUUUGCUCUUCUGCCGGCCUCUAUGACCCAUUUGGGGAUCCUAAGGUUAUUGGAGACCCUUAUUGCACUUUGUUUGUUGGACGCCUCUCAGACCUCACGACCGAAGAAACUCUGCGGAAGGUUAUGAGCAAGUAUGGAAGGGUGAAGAACAUGCGACUAGUUAGAGAUAUUGUAACUGGUGCUUCACGUCGUUAUGCUUUUGUUGAGUAUGAAACAGAAAAAGAGAUGAGGCAUGCAUAUGAGGAUGCCCAUCAUUCGAUCAUUGAUGACUCUGAAAUUAUAGUCGACUACAACAGGCAGCAAUUAAUGCCAGGAUGGAUCCCACGAAGGUUAGGAGGUGGCCUUGGUGGUAAGAAGGAGUCUGGCCAGCUUCGCUUUGGAGGACGAGAAAGACCAUUCCGAGCUCCCCUGCGACCGAUUCCUUUGGAUGAUUUGAAGAGACUUGGCAUACCGCCUCCCCCAGAAGGAAGAUAUAUGUCACGUUAUCAGGUACCAUCACCCCCAAGAAGGCCACGGACCUCGGUGGAUAGGGAAGAACGUUCGCAUAAGCGCCAUAAACACAGUAGACAUUCACAUCGACAUGAGAGGGGGUCUUCCAGUAGAGAUUAUCUUUCUGAUUGAAUUUUAAAAAGCAGACAGUUCUCCACUUGCUGUACGCUGGAGACAGAGGGUCCAAAGUGCAAUAUGUACUCGAAGAGCCUUCAAAUAAAUGAUUCCUGCAUUAUCAAGGAGGUUCUCAGUAUCAGCUAAUGACCAGAUCUGCCAUACUGUUGUUUAAUUGUUCGUAAAAUGUUGGUAAAGUUACCAAAAGUUUACCUUGAAACUUUGUGGUCAAAUUGUCUGGCUGAUGUAGUUUUUUGCUGUUAACAUGACAAGAUGAUACAAUCAUUGAUGGUAUGAAGUUUUGGGACUUCACACAUGCUUAAGAACUUUGGUUGACUUGAUUUUGUGGCAUCAUUUUCAUUGAAAGAUAUGAGAUGUUUACAGACAUCUUCAUUAUCA